AGUCUGCCGGUGGCUUCCGUGGAGGAAGUAUCUGUCGCCAUUUUAAUCGAUUAACCUCACCGGGUUCAAACCGAGAAAUCCAUGGCACAGGUACAUUAUUUAUCAAAUUUUAAUUAAUAUUUUAUUUACAUUUUGAAAUUGUAUCCUAUUUUUCUGAUAAAAAUUACGAAAUUCCAAGAUGGCGGACUAUUUUAAAAAUGGUAUCGAGAGAAUUUGUGCGAAGUACUUCCCGUUGAUAUGUUGGUUGUUCUUCACAGAGCGAAAAGUGUACAGAAAAACCAAGAUUAUUUUGGGAUUCUUUUACGGUAUAAUUAUUGGAAUGGGCCUUCACUACAUGGUCAUUGUGGACCUGCAGUUCUCCCCGCUCGUGCGUCUUGGUCUGGGAACACUUAUCUGUCUGCUGAUUGGUCUCGGUAACGCCUUGUCAAUUCAGGUGCGCUGCCUGACCUUGCUGACGGUGCCCAGCCUGUGCGGCAGCACGGGCCGCGCCGUGCUCAAGGCCGCGGUGCUGUCCAUGCUCGUGUCGGGGCCCAUCAACAACAUGGCGGCCAACGGGCGCGAGGUGGCGCGCGUCUUCUGCUGCAGCGUCUCUCUCACCUUCAACCUCACCAAGAACCGCUUCGACAUGAUGUUCCGACCCUUCCAGCAGGCCAUCCUCUCGCUCAAGGGGGACGCGAGCGAGGUCAAGGCCGCCGCGAACGAGGUGAAGGACGCCAGCCUGCCGAUAACGAGCGAAGUGGAAGGCGAAGAGGAGAUGCAGAAGAUUAAGGAGGACAACGACUACUUGGACGAGCUCCACAGCGACACGAAGCGCUCCGAGGAGAUCGCGCAGCGGAACCAGAUAGCCGCGGCCGACAGCAGGGAGGUGCGGGUGGAGAAGAAGUACCGCCAGAAGCUCGAGCAGAAGUGCGAAGGCAUCCUGACCAAGGGCGCCGAGUCGUGCAGGAAGGCGUUCAGCGACGCCUACGGCACGUGCUACAACAAGGUCACGUGGGUGGCGGCCUGGCUGCUGUGCUGGCCCAUGAAGCUCACCUUCGUCUGCAACAUCUGGCAAGCCAUCGGGGGCGCCCGCACGUGCGACGUGUCCAAGGUGAUAGACCCGGGCUUCGGCGGGUCGUACGGCUCCUUGAAGAGCUACGGCGACAGCAUCAGCGGCCAGCUGGCGGGCGUGAGGGUCCAGUACCAGGUGGUGAAGCUGCCGCCCGUCAUCAAUGUGAGGCAGACGGUGGACACUGCGCACGACAUCAUGAAGGAGUUCGAGGCCAAGAAGCAGAUCAUGGACGUGUUGUUGGUCUACGUCAAGAGGCUGCUGGCCUUCUUCUUCAUCAAGAUCAUCCUCGCGUCGCAGGGCUACCACGACAGCUACCUGGACGACGUGGAGUUCGACAACGUGUACGUGACGGCGAUGUUCCGGCGCAUGGACGCGCGCCGCCACCUGCAGGGCCGCCACGCGCUGCUGCCCUUCAGGAAGGCGGAGCGGGUCCGGUUCGUCGACCCCUUCGCCGUGUGGCCGUCCAGCAAGGAGUCGGGCCGCGUGGGACGACACAGCAUGCAGCUGCUGCUGGAGCUGGUGGCGGCCACCUCGGUCGUCCUCAUGGACCACAUCUUCUACGUGGCGCUGGACCUGGUGAGGCUGCACGGCGCCCUAGAGUACCGCCAGGAGGGACAUCACGACAUUCGGCUGGUGGUCCAAGGCACGGGGAUGAUUGCAAAACUGGUUAAAUCAGUUCUGCACGGGUUCAACAUCAAGAGACGCAUCAAGACGGCAAGCUCCAAUGAAGCCUGCCUGCCGCAGCCCAGCAAGGUGGGUGUCUCCGAGCUGUGCGCGAUCUACGGCGUCUUCUUGCUGUCGUGGCUGCUCAUUCUGCUGGAGGCGUACACGCAGCGACUGCGCAGGGGUAUUUGCGCGUACUUCUACCCCGAGCGCGAGAAAAGAAGAGUGCGGUACAUGUACAACGAGGCGCUGAAGAGGCGGAGGGGAUUCUUCAAGUUCGCCAAGAACAGGAUACAGAAGCUGGUCAGGGAGCAGCGCCUUGAAAUGGACGCCAACGUGCUGAUGGUGCUGCAGCUGCGAUACCCGCGCUACUUCUCCUGGCUGCGGGUGUUCAGCGUGGCCCGCCAGAAGUGCGUGGUGUGCGGGGAGCUGGAGCCCCUCCGCGCCGCCGAGGGACGGCGGUACCUCCGGUGCGGCAACCCCCUCUGCUUCUUCAAGCACUGCCCCGAGUGCUGGCGCGACAUGCAGGCCGUCUGCCACGCGUGCGCCGAGCCGGCGAGCGAGGACAACGCCACAGAGCCCCCGGGCCACACCGACACCGAGUGAGCGAUCCAACCCCGUCCUGUAGCCCUACGCUCGGAGACCACGGAUAAACUGCCGACAUCAAUCCGGCCAUUUCAACUGUGAAUCACUGAUUCUGUCGAGGCCCUAUUUGCUGGUGGUCUUCCAUCAUCACCAACGCAGCGUCUCACCUUGCCUCAUCGCAACACGUCACAUCACCGACGUAAGUGGGCAAGCAACAGUUGACAUGUGCCGUCACCAGGUCAGUAGUCAGUAGUGGCAACUUUUUUACAUUUAUUAAUUCACACCUUGUAUUAAUGCCUCCAUUUACACUGAAUAAUAAUGCCCACGGUUGAAUAUUUUAAAUGUAAUUCUCAUUGAGGUAUGCACCAACAUCAUGUAUUUCUGAAUCACUAUAAAGUCAUUUUAUAACAGCAAGGUGUAACACUCCGAAACAAAACAAAAUACUUUCUAUGCAGUAAAUUUCAGCCACAUUUGUACACGUCAGCCUGUUUUUAUCUUCCAUUAAACUUGAAAGAUUCAACCACUGUGCUAAUUUUUAUUUUGGUCUGUUAUUUUCAAUAUUACAAUUACAAAUAUGCAAGGAAAAUCCUGCGUCAUGUCAUCUACAAGUAACAUAUUUGUGAAGAACAUGGGUCAUUGAUACAAAUACCUAGUCACUUUCACAUUUUUUUCAGUGAGUAACACUGGGCAUUGUUCAUUGCAAUUAAGACAAAAUCAUUUUUAACUCAGAAUGCAGUUUAGUGACUGUAUUUUGAGGCUUGUUAAACAAUGCACAUUAUAUAUUACUUGCCCUUACUCACUCCUCCACAUUAGUUACAUUGAAUUUGUGUGUCACAGAAGCACCUCACAGACUGUACAUAUUACUGUUCCAUAUUUUAUAAGUAUGUAUUUUGUGGUUAGGAAGUGAAUAUUAUCCAAAUUUGAAUCUGAAACUGAAUAACGUAUAUUUUGUUAAUAAUUGCAUUGAAUGAAAAUGAUUGGCAAUUUCUGUUACUGAAUCGCUUCUUUCCAAAUAACAUAGAUUAAGAUGGCCUAUAUUGUUUUGAUGACCUACCUUUGUGUGUUGAGAUGAAACUAACAUGUACUCAUUCUACUUUCAAGAAUGUUACUCCUAUGCUUGGAGGAGAGGCCCCAUUGAUUUUAUUCCUAACUGGAAUUUUAAGGUUCCUUUGACCUGUACUUUGACACAUUUAAUACCCUGAACAAUGACAUACAAAAUGUCAGCCAUUUUAUAAUGUAAUGUCAGCCAAUUUAUAAUUUUUUUUUUCUUUUUAUAAAGCAGCUUUUUAACAAUUUGUUUGAAUGCCAGAACUGUAAAUUAAUUACCUUUAAAACUAUGCUGACGUAAUAAAAUCACCAAUCCUUAGUGACAAGAUUACAUGGUGAAUGGAGAUAAAACCGAAAUAACACUGAAAAGAAUAUCAAAACACAGCAUCACUGAAAUGCAAGUUAAUACACUGUAUAGUCAUCAAAAUGCAAGUUAUAUCAUGGAAUUAAGUAGCAUUUAACCAUAAAUUAAUUCAACUCAUUAAAAAAAAGUAAAUCAUGUAAAAAAAGUAAUAUUUUAAUGUUUGAAAUCCAAGGAAUGCUGUUAUUUAUGGACAAAUAACUGUACCAAAGUACAUGGAUCAGAAAUAUUAAUUUAAUUGCUUAUUUUGCAUCUCUUAUUGAAUAACUUGAAAACCACAAAUGCUUCCUAAUUAAUUUUUAUUGUUCCGAAAGUAUGUGUUUUAAAAAGAUUUAUUAAAAAUAAUUUUAUCAUAAAAAAAUCAACAAAUAAAUCUUGCCAUUA